AACAUCAGAAACCAAAGGCCUAUGAAACAUGACGAGGGUGACGUGAGACCAUACGGUGAUGUUGUCCCUGACACAGCUCCAGCUUAUAUGAAUACUUGUGUGUUCAGCGGAAACGUUCAGUCUGUGUGGAUCACUGUGAUGAUGAUGAUGCGUGUGAUAUUGUGUGUCGUUGCUGUUGCGGCAUCGACACAUGCUGGUUCCAUCCAUUGCAAGAAUACUCUUAUGUCCGGCGGCUUGUCUGAGAAGUUCAACGAGACUGUGGCUCAUGCCAUUCACUCUAUGACAGUCCAGGGUCUCAGUAUGUUCAUCAAACACGCCUCCGGGGACAACGCCAUCCCCACCGUCAACCACGACCUCAGAGGCGUGAAAAAGGUACUUCCAUACGCCCCCAAUGAUCCUCUUGGUACAGACUUCAGAACGCACACCAUGAACACCAUCGACAAGAUCCUUUCAAACCUCGGCAAGCCAACUGACGGACUAGGGGACAACUGGUCACCAAUUGAGAGGGUCGUGCACAACUUCCACAUGUGGGACCUCUGGACUAAGAUUCUAGACGUCUACAGGACCAUGGAGAAGACUCCACCGUCCCAUUCUAUCUGUCGCUGUCUCCUGGACACAAGAGGGAACGGUAUCAAUAAAGCUGUCCAUUGGGUUGCUGACCACUACAAGACGGGGACACCCAUCACCCUCCUCAACAGACCAAUCCCAAAACUUACGGAUGCAGCAUCGUGGGCUACUUGGAAGGGUCGUCUUCUUCAUUACUACAGCCCAGAUGCCUUGACAGAUGCUGCUACCUACCUCCACUGUGUUAACAUGGCCAUGUAGGACACCAACAAGAUGUUGUAUCUCAUCUGGAACAAUUAUUGGACUGAUUCAUGAUACUGUAAUGUACAUUUUUGAAUGUUUUUUAAAAGCACGUAUAUCAUGUUCCUCGAACUGAUUCAAUGGCCGAGGUGAUUUGUUUCGAAAUUUUAACGAUAAUAAAUGUGUUCUUUU